AUGCAAAGAGCUAUCGAACUAGCUAAAAUAGCUAAAUCAAAUCAAGAGAUUCCAAUUGGUUGUGUAAUAGUAGAUCCAAAAGGUUUAAGAGUAUUAGCAGAAUGUUAUGAUUCAAGAGCAACUACAAGACAUCCACUUAAACAUGCAAUUAUUAAAUGUUUAGAUGUUGUUACAUCUGUAGAAAGUUGUAAUACAUUUACAACUCAGCAUGAUUAUGGGCACCAAAACUCAUUAAAAAGAAAAAUUGAUGAUGGGAAAUUGACAAAUGAUGUAGUAGCAUAUUUAUGUAAAGGUAUGACUUAUUUGUUACCCAUGAACCUUGUAUAA